UCUUCGUUUCGUGAAAAAGUUCGUGCGUAUGGUUGCUAUGGCAGUUUUUCUUUUCUUUUUUCUUUUUUUAAACGUCUGCUGUAGGUAUAUAGUAUUGGUUUUACCAUAAUGCCCAUCAAAACAAAUUUUCUUUUUUCAUUGACUAGUUAUGUCUUGUAUGGUUUUUUAGGCACUCUUAUUUUUGGUGAAGCCUUUGACACAAAAGGAUCGCUUGGCUUUAUAGUAGUAGAGAUAGAUAACAUGAUUAGAAAUGGAGGCGUAGAGUUGGUGUCAAAGGCUUCACCAAAAAGUGAACUCCCCAUACUACCCAUCAUAUAUGAACAGUUCGACUUAAAUGAAAAACAUGAAAGAAGGCUAACAACGUAAAAUACAAAAAAACAAUUGAGAAAAAACAAAUACGGAAUGAUUAGACGAAAACAGAAACUGCCAGCAGUUUGCACGAUCUCCCCAAGAACUACUGCCCGGGAGCACGAUUGGAGACAGAAGACGAAUGUGGGAGAUGAUCGGAGUAGAUAUGGCUUCAUCACCAUUCACCCCACUCUCAAUUUACGGUUCAUAUAAAAGGAGCGAAGGGAUAGAGGAGCAGCGCAAAAUCAAACCCAGAAAGAGGAAGAAAUUAGUACCAAAAUCGGUGAUUCCAGAUUCACCUAGCCAAUUGUUAUUGGGUACUUUGUCUGCAGAGCGGAUUCUCGAUCAAACCGGAAACGCAUAGAAAGUAUGGAGGAACUCGGUUGACAGUGUUGCUAAUUCACUUGAGAAUCCUGAACAGUGUCCUUUGGGUCCUCCACAACUCCAAUUGUACACCAACCACAGAAGAAGAAAAAGGUUGAAACUUUUAACAGUCUCUUCUUCCUCCACAAUCCUUCUCUGAGAGCCAUAUUCCAAUGUCGUCUUCGUGUGCGGUUUCGACUUCAGUGAGAACACAGUUGUUUAAUUCAGUGCCUGAGAACAGGUUCAUUGCCCCUACAAGACCAUUUCAGUACCAUAGAAGUAAAUGUGUGAUGAGCAGGAGGGGUUUUGCUUUUACAGGAGUUGCAGCUGCAGGGCUUUCAGUAGUGGGUUCUUCUUCUUUGGCUACUGAGCCUGCUCAAGGUAUUGAAAGACUGCCUUUCAAACCAGAGGGGUACAAUUUUUGGACUUGGAGAGGUCAUAAAAUUCAUUAUGUCGUGCAAGGAGAAGGGCCUGCUGUUCUUCUUAUUCAUGGUUUUGGUGCUUCUUCAUUUCACUGGAGGUACAACAUACCAGAGUUGGCUAAAAAGUACAAGGUUUAUGCUGUAGACUUGCUGGGCUUCGGUUGGAGUGAAAAAGCACUGGUUGAAUAUGAUGCCAUGAUUUGGAAAGAUCAAGUAGUGGACUUCUUGAAGGAGAUAGUGAAAGAACCAACAGUUUUGGUUGGAAAUAGCCUAGGAGGUUUUACUGCUUUGGUUGCAGCAGUUGGAUUGCCUGAGCAAGUAGUUGGAGUUGCACUAUUGAAUUCAGCAGGACAGUUUGGAAAUGCAAAUAGUGAACCUGAGAAGUCUGACGAGGAAACAGUCCUACAGAAGUUCAUCAUAAAGCCACUGAAGGAAGUUUUCCAGCGAGUAGUACUUGGAUUUUUAUUCUGGCAAGCAAAGCAGCCCGCUCGCAUUGAAUCCGUUUUAAAGAGUGUGUACAAAAAUACCUCCAAUGUGGAUGACUAUCUGGUAGAAUCCAUAACAAUGCCAGCAGCUGACCCCAAUGCCGGAGAAGUCUACUACAGAUUGAUGACGCGGUUCAUGUCAAACCAGACCAAGUAUACUCUUGACAGUAUCCUAAGCAAGAUGUCUUGCCCAUUGUUGUUGCUCUGGGGUGACUUGGACCCAUGGGUAGGUCCUGCCAAGGCUAACAGAAUCAAAGAGUUCUAUCCAAAUUCGACUUUGGUAAAUUUGCAGGCUGGCCACUGUCCACACGAUGAAGUUCCAGAGCUUGUAAACAAGGCUUUAUUAGAAUGGCUAUCAACUUCGACAGCUGAAGCCUCUCUCCAAACAGUUUGAACACAAUACAAGUUUCUUAGCUGCUUAGCAAUGCCUCUCAUACUUGAUCUGAGGUUAUACUUGUAAUACACUUGUAAAUCCAUUUAUCAAAGUACUACUUGAGUCAUCUUACCUGCCUUCUAUAA